AUGCAGCGAUACAGAGCGUCUUCCCUCUUCCAGCCAUCAGAUUUUGCCGCCGCCCUGGGCUCUGGCAAUGAUGGCUCAAAAGAGGAGUUUCCCGGCACUUUAAUUGGUGUCGCGCUACUAAUUCCACAUACCCAAAUUGCUCGUAAUUUGGCUAUCCUCGGCUUCGACUUUAUCUUUGUCGAUACACUUCAUGCGCCCAUAACUACAGCGCAGCUUGUCGAUAUUAUACACUUUAUUAGCUUUGCCAGUGACGGCAAGACGUGCGCUGUUGUUCGCAUCCAGAGCCCUGAAUCGGACCUCUUGGCCCCGACCUUGGAUGCGGGCGCAGCUGCUAUAGUUUUCCCACAAAUCGACACACCUGCGCAGGCUGCCGCCGCUGUGAAGAAGGUGCGCUAUGCCUACGCCGGCGGCGAGCGGUCCGUGUCGCCAAUAGCGCUCAUCAAUGGCUUUUCUAAUAUGGCGCCGCCAGGAUGGACUUCGGAGACGAUUGCUGACCGCAAUAUUGCCGUCAUCUGCCAGAUCGAGUCCACGCUUGCUUGCGAGAACGUGGAUGCAAUCGCCGCCACUCCUGGUCUCGAUGGAUUGAUGCUUGGGGCAGCAGACUUACGCGCCAGCCUGGGUUUGCCUUGCCGAAACCCACCAGGCCAGGGCGACGACGUCAAGUUCAUCUACGAAGUGAAAAAACUCAUCGCCGCAAGCAAAAAGCACAAGGUCCCGCUCCUUGGGCCUGCGUUUAGCCUCAGCAACGAGCCCGGUUCGAUUGAGUACCUGCGCCACUUCAAGAUGAUCGUGGUCAGCGUGGACAUGCUCAACAUUGUCAAGGCGGCGCUGCAUGACCUGGCGUUUGCCAAGGAUCUGCUGGCCAAGGAUCAGGCGCAGAGGGAGAGCAACGGUGAUGUGGUAAAGCCACCGGAUAGUGAGAUACGAAAAGACGUGGCCAAUGAUCUGUUGGCCAAGGCUGAGGUAGAUAAAGAUCAAUGCGGCAUGGCUACGCGGCCGGGCGGCGUCACGGGAGAGGUCAACGAGUAG